AUGAUUCCAAUAUCUCUUGUCGAAAAAAUGUUUGAAGUAAAUGUCCAAUCCCUAUUUUCCACUUCUACGAAUUCAAAAGGUAAUCGCUCAAAUUUAUCAGGUUCAAAAAUCACCGUUAUACGUAAAGCUUUACCUUUUGUACCAGCUUAUUCCAUCACCACCCACAAGGCACAAGAUCAAACAAUGUCAAAAGUUGUUGUUGAUUUGCGACUUCCACCUGGUAGAGAAGAGAUUGCUUCUCGUUAUGUACCAUCCGGACGUGUUAAAUCUCACCACGACGUUGCUAUUUUACGAGACUAUCCCUUCUCAGCAUUGCAAGUAAAACCAAGCAAAGCUCAACGAGCUGAACUUGAUCGACUUGAUCGAUUAAACGAAGUGGCUUUAGACAUAUAUAUCGUACUUGGAAACAAUAAUUGUUAA